CGUUAUCAACAUCGAGCAUAGAGAAUUAAUUCCCUUGCUUCAAGAUGCAAGCAACGGAUCUGCUUGCAUACGCCGCCGACAUCAACCCAGCAACGUAUUGCCAGCUUUUCUACGUCCUUGCGGCCGCAACAGUUUUGGCCAUCGCAGCAACUCCAGAAUCUAUACAAAGCUUGCUCACUCGGUACGGUGCUCGAAGCUCAGCCGAGAACGGUAGAGAUAAGAGAGCCGGGAAUGGGCUUCUCGUCAAGGCUACCAGUUGGGCGACGUCUGUUGGAAAAGUUCCUCAUUCAUGGUUCAUUCAUUUCUACAUACUUUCCGUGACCUGCUCCGCUUUCUGGGCAGUCCAGUUUCUUCAGCAUGGAUCGAUCAUGGAUUUCAUCGUUAGAAAUCAAGCAUCGAGCGAGAGGUCGUCGAUGACGAUCAACCAGGUUAUCCUUGCCUGGCUCUUGAUGAGCUUACAAGGCGUGAGACGUCUUUAUGAAUACCUCGCUGUUCUCCGACCUUCACCUUCCAAGAUGUGGGUCGUUCAUUGGCUAUUAGGAGCCGCGUUUUACUUCUGCACAAACAUUUCCGUUUGGGUUGAAGGAUCUAAUUCAAUCCGGUCUUCUGAGAGGUCUUUUCAUAACGAGACUCUAUCGUUCAAAGAGGUCGUUGGUGUCUCUAUGUUCCUAACCUCGUGGUUCAUGCAAUACAGAUGCCAUAGCUAUCUGUCUAGACUCAAGAAGUAUUCGCUACCAGACGAUGGUUUAUUCCGGUAUUUGGUGUGCCCGCAUUAUACAUGCGAAUGCAUAUUGUAUAUUUCUCUGGCGAUAGUAGCAGCGCCCGAAGGCCAGCUGUAUAACAGAACACUGAUCUGUGCGGUGUUGUUUGUCACGGUUAAUCUUGGUGUCACCGCUAAAGGCACUAAGAACUGGUACGGUGAAAUGUUCGGUCUCGAAAAGGUGCAGGGAAAAUGGAGAAUGAUACCCGGUGUGUAUUGAAAAUUGAGUAUGCUUGAAAAUCACUUUUUCUGGAACAAUCCAAGCUUGCCGCCGAUUUUCGACACUUUCAUCACGUCUCGAUAAGUUAGGCUGGUACGGGUCUUCCGUAUGUUGGAGCCGUCUGUAAAGUCGUCGGGCGAGCGGAGGAGUUCCCAGUUAGCAAUUGUACCCCUUGAAAGUUCAACGUCCUCCGUAAUAUCCUCGAUACCGUGUAGGAAUUCCGUGUACAAAGCAGAUGUGGUGACGAGUAAGCUUCGAGGCUCUUGUAGUAUUCUCCAAGCUGGCUCAGGAUCUAGACUACCGUCAUCCUUGGAUUUGUAGAUAUUGAGACAGAGGCUAGCACCAAGGCUCACAGUACACACAACGGGAUGAUACGCAGCUCCGU